GCUCCGCGGCCGUGUGGAGCGAGGCCUUGUUCCCGCGUUGAGCCGCCGCCGCCUCCUCAGCUUCAGCCUCCGCUCCAGGCCCGGCCCCGCCGCGCCAUGUCGGACUACAGCGCUGGAGGACCCCCGCCCGGGCCGCCGCCGCCCGCUGGCGGGGGCGGGGGAGCCGGGGGCAGCGGGGGAGGCCCUCCGCCGGGCCCGCCGGGCACAGGGGACCGGGGUGGCGGUGGCCCCAGCGGCGGCGGCCCGGGCGGGGGUUCGGCUGGGGGGCCCUCGCAGCCGCCCGGCGGAGGUGGCCCGGGAAUCCGCAAGGACGCCUUCGCCGAUGCCGUGCAGCGGGCCCGCCAGAUCGCAGCCAAAAUUGGAGGUGAUGCUGCUACAACAGUGAAUAACAGCACUCCUGAUUUUGGUUUUGGGGGCCAAAAGAGACAGUUGGAAGAUGGAGAUCAACCAGAGAGCAAGAAACUGGCUUCCCAAGGAGACUCAAUCAGUUCUCAACUUGGACCCAUCCAUCCUCCUCCAAGUGUCUCUCUUUGUAGGACUUCAAUGACAGAAGAGUACAGGGUCCCAGAUGGCAUGGUGGGCCUAAUCAUUGGCAGAGGAGGUGAACAAAUUAACAAAAUCCAACAGGACUCUGGCUGCAAAGUACAGAUUUCUCCAGACAGCGGUGGCUUACCCGAGCGCAGUGUGUCCUUGACCGGAGCCCCAGAAUCUGUCCAGAAAGCGAAGAUGAUGCUGGAUGACAUUGUAUCUCGGGGUCGUGGGGGGCCCCCAGGACAGUUCCAUGACAGUGCCAACGGGGGCCAGAAUGGCACCGUGCAGGAGAUCAUGAUCCCCGCGGGGAAGGCUGGCCUGGUCAUUGGCAAGGGCGGGGAGACCAUCAAGCAGCUGCAGGAACGAGCUGGUGUGAAGAUGAUUUUAAUUCAGGAUGGUUCCCAGAACACGAAUGUGGACAAGCCUCUUCGGAUCAUUGGGGACCCUUAUAAAGUGCAGCAAGCUUGUGAGAUGGUCAUGGACAUCCUCCGGGAACGUGACCAAGGCGGCUUUGGAGACCGGAAUGAGUAUGGAUCUCGGAUUGGCGGAGGCAUUGAUGUGCCAGUGCCCAGGCAUUCUGUUGGUGUGGUCAUCGGCCGGAGUGGAGAAAUGAUUAAGAAGAUCCAGAACGACGCUGGUGUGCGGAUACAGUUUAAACAAGAUGACGGGACAGGUCCUGAGAAGAUUGCCCACAUAAUGGGGCCCCCAGACAGGUGUGAGCAUGCUGCACGGAUCAUCAAUGAUCUCCUUCAGAGCCUCAGGAGUGGUCCCCCAGGCCCUCCAGGAGGUCCCGGCAUGCCCCCAGGGGGCCGGGGCCGAGGAAGAGGCCAAGGCAACUGGGGUCCCCCUGGUGGGGAGAUGACUUUCUCCAUCCCCACUCACAAGUGUGGGCUGGUCAUUGGCCGAGGUGGCGAGAAUGUGAAAGCCAUAAACCAGCAGACAGGCGCCUUCGUAGAGAUCUCCCGGCAGCUGCCACCCAAUGGGGACCCCAACUUCAAAUUGUUCAUCAUCCGGGGCUCACCUCAGCAGAUUGACCACGCCAAGCAGCUCAUUGAGGAGAAAAUCGAGGGUCCUCUUUGUCCAGUGGGACCAGGUCCUGGGGGACCAGGCCCUGCAGGCCCAAUGGGGCCCUUCAAUCCCGGGCCCUUCAACCAGGGACCGCCAGGGGCUCCCCCUCAUGCCGGGGGGCCCCCUCCUCACCAGUACCCACCCCAGGGAUGGGGCAACACCUAUCCCCAGUGGCAACCGCCUGCGCCUCAUGACCCAAGCAAAGCGGCUGCUGCAGCCGCAGACCCCAAUGCUGCUUGGGCCGCCUACUACUCACACUACUACCAGCAGCCCCCAGGCCCUGUGCCAGGCCCAGCGCCAGCCCCCGCAGCCCCACCUGCUCAGGGUGAGCCCCCUCAGCCCCCGCCCACCGGCCAGUCAGACUACACUAAGGCCUGGGAAGAGUACUACAAAAAGAUCGGCCAGCAGCCCCAGCAGCCUGGAGCGCCCCCACAGCAGGACUACACAAAGGCUUGGGAGGAGUACUACAAGAAGCAGGCACAAGUGGCCACCAGUGGGGGUCCUGGAGCACCCCCAGGCUCCCAGCCAGACUACAGUGCUGCCUGGGCUGAGUAUUACAGACAGCAGGCCGCUUACUACGGACAGACACCAGGUCCUGGCGGCCCCCAGCCACCUCCCACACAGCAGGGACAGCAGCAGGCAAGUGGGAAUUGCCACCCUCCUCCUCCUCCUUUUUCCUUCCAACCCCCGGCCACCGUCCAUCCUGCCUUAGUGGGUAGUGCCGGAAAUCCCUUCCCCUGCGGGGUGUGCCCUUGAUGCCUGCAGCUGGGGCCAUGUGGCCAGAGGUCUCCAGGAGCCCCCACGCACCGCCGGGGGAGUGUAUGCUGGGUCCAGAGGUUAAAUGAAGAAGCCUCCCUCCACCAGCUGCUUGUUCCUGUGUACCACUGUCAUGAUGCUGGGAGAGAGAGCAAGACACAGGCGGAACUUUGGAACUGCUGGGUAGUCCUGGGGUGGGGGCAGGCAGACAGCUCAGACGGGGGUCCAUCCCGGCUGCUGGUUCACCUGCAAUCUGGCCACUUGGGAAGAAAACGUCUUAUUUUUUUCCCCUUCUCAGCAUCACUUCUUUGUUUUUUUGUUUUUAUUCUUUCUUUUGUUUAAACCCACCAUCUUUUUUCUCAAAAAGAAGUGUCCAAGUGACUGUUGCAGGCGGCCAGGCUCUGGCAGGGACAAGGGGCUGGCCCAGGAGCCCUGCCCUGCGGGGCUCGGCCUCCGCUCGCGCUCGCCUCGUGUCCCAGUCUUGUCUGUGAAGUGGGCAUGAAGAUCGUUGCCACCUUCCAACCUACCUCACAGGGGUGUUGUGGGGACACCGUGAUCUCUGAAAUUGUUCAUGUUGUGAUGCGCCGGGAGCUGUCCGCCUUCCUGAAGACAGAGGGCACCCCCUUCCCUCCAACCCUAAGCGUGCUUCUCUUAUCUCCCCUCUCUGCCUCUACCCCUCUGAGGCCUUGCUUCUCUCCUCUGCUGUCCUGUCCUUCCUCCUCCAUCAAGGAGCAGAGUGCGACUGCAGCCAAGUCCCCUGAGCACUUGACUAGACAGUUAACAAGCAGCAUCCUUCCAGCUUGAGCCAGCUGACGUUUGGGAGGGGCUUCUGGCCCCUGUGCUCAUGGGUGUUCCAGCCCCUCCUCUUCCACCACCCCCUAGUUUCCUACCCUCCCCUCCUGUAGUGACCAAUUCCUAUCUUUUCCCUCUCCGCAGGCUCAAUGAAUCGAAUGAAUGUGAACUUCUUCAUCUGUGAAAAAUCUUUAUUUUUUUUUUCCAUUUUGUUCUGUUUGGGGGCUUUUUUUUUCUGGUUUUUGUUUGUUUGGCGAGAGAGCGAUGGCUGCUAUAGGGGGUGCCAGGGGAGCCCUCCAGCGAGCAGCUCGCAGGGAGUGGCAGGGGCGUGCCCGGCUCUCACUCUCUCGUUCAUUCUGUGCGUCUCACAUGCUUUUUCUUUCAAAAUUGAGAUCCUUCAUGUUGAGCCAGCCAUAGAAGAUAGCGAGAACUAAAUCUCUGCCAAAAAAAAUUUAAAGUUAAAAAUACAAAGAGCAAAACAAAACUUAUAAAAUUAUAUAUAUAUAUAUAAAUAAAAAUCUAUACUCCCCACCCCCAGCCUUCCCAAAACUGCCUCUCUGAGGAUAAAGCAAUUCAUUUUUUCUCUACCACCCUUGGCCCUCUUGUUUUUAAAAUAAACUUUUAAAAAGUAAAAAAAGUCACUCUUGCUAUUUCUUUUUCUUAGUUAGAGUUGGAACAUUCCUUGGACCAGGUGUUGGUAUUUCAGGACCCCUCCUCCCCCAGCAGCCAAGCCCCUCUCUUUUUUUCCUCCUCCUCCCACCCUGGCUCAGCUCCCUGCACCCUACCCGUCCCCCCUCCCAGGACUGGUCUGAUCUGUUGUCUUUUCAUCUGUUCAAGAGGAGAUUGAAAUUGAAAACAAAAUGAGAACAAAACAAAAAAAAAUUGUAUGGCAGUUUUUACUUUUUAUCGCUCGUUUUUAACUUCACAAAUAAAUGAUAACAAAAUCUC